CAUCAUGUGAUGUGUUUACAUUUGGGAGUUCCCUUAAACAGUUUCGAAACUUUUUAGUUAUUGCUUUCAGUUUAAAUGUUUGUUUAUUCGCUCUCCUUGCUUUUAAACAGGCUGACUGCAGCAGCAUGCUCAUACUCAAGGUGUUGUAACUUAUCGUCUUGUAUUUGUGAAUUUAACAUUGGUUUCGAAAUCGGACAUUUGGAAGGACGACUGCGGAAGUCAUAGCUUUUCGAAGAAAGUGCGAUUUUUCCGUUGGUGCAACUUAAGCAAUUUUUCUUGGAGUUCAAGAUGACUUCGAAAUUUUUAAUGAUUUUUGUCUUAGCCAUGUUUGCUUGCAAAGGUUGUGCUGAUAAGCCAAAGUUCAAAUAUAUUGAACGAAAUCUUUUGAAGAUUACGUACGACUCAAGCGUGAAUCGAGCUUUAUACCUGUGCUGCAAUGUAUCGGAGCAAGCAAAAUAUAAAAGACUUGAAAUGAUGAAAUGUUCAGUACUACAUUUCUCAAUUUGUCCCGUAUACAAGAUGAUAACAAACUGUGCAAGUAAAGGCAGUCAGACAUGUUGCAAGAUAGAUUUUGUUGUCACUCAAUUAAAAUGAAUGGGUACAUUGGUAAAGUCAAUGACAGUGGCAGUGUACCACCAAGCGAGGUUGCCACUUAUGUAACCACCAAACUUGGUCAAAUACCAAAAUCUGUAUUGGAGCUAAACGUCACAACCAAUUCGCAGCAUGGUUUGACUAUAAAGUGGAUACCAUUGAAAGAGGAUGAUGUGUAUCUUAACCAAAAUGCUGCAUAUACUUAUCUUCUUCAGUGUCAGUCAUCUGAUCCUUAUGCUAAGGUCAUUCGAAUGAAAGUUGGAGAUGUGUAUAGGACUGAAUUGCCAUAUUUAAGUUACUUCGUUGAUGCAAGAAGUUUGUCAGCCAUUACCAAAUACUGUUGCUGUCUUGUUGUUGUGAAUAUGGUUACUAGUUUAGAAUCCGAAGAAACAUGUAAAAAUAUUGUGACUUCGGAGCAAGCCCCUUCCUCAGCUCCUGUGAUUCUCUGUGGUAACAGCUCACAUGUAUGCCAUUCAAUUGUCAAUGGUAAUAAACGAAGUAUUAUCGUGUUGUACAAGCUUCCACCUCCUGCAAGCACAAAUGGGAAAAUUAUACGAAACAUGAUAUACUACAAGACUGCCAACAACGACACGUAUGACCAACUUCUCGUAAAUGGCUCAGAAACGCAGGCUGUAAUUGAGAAUGCAACCACGGAUGAGGAUUAUGACGUAUUCAUGACGUCAUGUAACACGGUGGACUGCAGUGCAGUCAGCAACACAGUCCGCAUUGCGGCGAUAUUGAAAAAAAUUACUUCGUGGAAAAAUUACUUAGUGAUUAUAUUGUCAGUGAUCAUGUCUAUCGUCGUUGUUACUGGGUUCAUUAUUUUUGUCUUGCGAAGACAUCAACGGCGGAAGUUGAUCGACCCUCUCGAAACGUUAUCGCCUAAAUUUGAAGCGUCGUAUCGUUAUCCCGUGAAUGAUUCACCCAACACAGAGUACGAUGUAAUCAAACUCGACAACGUCAAUCUUGACAGUAACUCCAACAUCCGCAGGGACCCGUCUGUUGUGGUCAGUAAUCCCAUGGUAACCACCGCUGACGCAAAGUAACAACUCGUCCAAAAUAAGCUCGAGCAUGAAAUGCGUCACAUUAAAUUCACGUGAUACAAUCCUCGCCUUCUUGCCACCAUGUUGGAUAAAACAUUCUCACGUUUGCAUAGAAAGGUUAAGUUUACCGCUCGUAAUUACUCGAUUAGUCACUUUCAUUUCUACGGUAAAUAGAAACAUAUUUGUAUUUACCGGCUGGUGAAGGUCCGCAUUGUAAACUAUUUUCACGAGGUGUCAGAAGGCUAAAGGCCAAUCCAGUCAGAGCAACUUGCCGCGCGCGCGACUAUUUGAGAUCACUUUCUUUUCAAUCGUAAGCUCUCGACCGUAACAGUUUCACACUGCCGCACACAAUUCAAAAGAACAUGAUCCCAAAAAGUCGAUCGCGCGAAAAUUUGCACUGAAUGGAAAUCAGCCUUAAGGGACGCUUCCGAGGCCGGGAGAAAAUGUUUUUCCGCAAGGACCGAACUGAACUGUAAAUAAUGUUUUUAUUUUUUUAAUUUCAUAAUUGAGCAAGUGGUCUGGAUGGUAAAAUCA